AUGACACCGCCGUGGAAGUUCUCCAUCACAGACAAAAUGCUGCUGUACCCCAGAAGUUCCUGCUGCUUUCACAGAGCCUGCAGCGUCCCAGGCUUCAACAUCUUUCUGCAUCCCAGUGCACUGAACCACGCUGCCGAGGGGCCGGGCGCACCUCAGCGGACGAUACGGCGGCCGAGGGUGAGCACCGCUGCCAUCUCCUGCCACCGGCUCCCGGGUACGGGCGAGCCCUUGGCUCCCGGCACCGUCCGAGGCACUGAGGCACCGCUGCCGGCUCGUAACGCGCGAGUGCUGCCGCCUUGUGGCGGCUGCCUGCAGUGCCCCUGCCGCGCUGUGCAGCGCAGUGCCGGGCAUUGCUUUGCGCAGAAGGCAUCCAGCAGCGGCAUGGCAAGGACAGUGCUGACCUUCUUCCUGCUCCUUGAUGCUGCCCUGUGGGGUGGUCUGACCCAGGCUCUGGGGCCCAUGGCUCGCCCUGGCCCUUUGCUGCUGCAGUUGCAGCGGCUGGAGAAGCAGUUUCUCCGGCUCCAAGAGGUGACACUGAGCCAUCUCCAGAGCAUUGCUGAGAACUACAAUAUCUCCUACAACAUCGAUGGACGCUUCCGAGAGCUGACAGAGCAAGUGGCGGCAGCUGCUGCUGACCGAGCUGCCCUGGGCACUAAACUGGCACGCUUGGACAUCACCAGCCGGCGACUGCACCGCAAGCUGAAGAGGAUGGAGCAGACAGUAGGUGUCCUGAAUCCAUCUCACCUCCCACUCACCCACCCACCAGGUGCACUAGCAGAGGCUGGCACCAAGCUGCACCACCUGACAGACACUGCUCAGAGGUGGGUCAGCCAGUCAGAGGAGUUGCAGGGCUCAGUGGCCCCCACUGUCCUCCGUCUUCAGCAUCUGAAGGCAAAGCAGAGGCAACACCACCAACAGGAAGAAGGCCACCAGCUGCCAGCUGAUGCCAGGCUUGAUGGAGUAACCGGGGAGGAUGCAGAGUUCUCUCAUAAUGCACCACCAGGAGCUCAGGCUGUGACAGUGAUGGUCCAGGCUGUGGCCACGGUCCCCCAGCAGUCAGGAGAGGAUAGGUACAGGCCCCCCAGCCCGGUGCCCACCUCCCCAGCCUGCCACACUGGUGCUGUCCUGCUCUUCCCCAACAGCUCUGCCAAGCACAUGGCCAUCCUGGAGCUGGGGCCACAUCAGGAGCUGCGGGCAUUGUCACUCUGUGCCUGGCUGGCCACCUCAGCCCCUAGCCUUGGUGCCCUCAUCACCUACAUCACUCAGGAUGGAGGCAUCAAGCUGGCUGUGCAUGGCUAUGACGGGGACCUCUCUGGCUCUGCACAUUUCAUCAUUGGGGAAGGGCAGUUUCGGCAGCUCCCAGUGAUGCUGCUCCUGGAUGGCAAGUGGCACCACAUCUGCCUCACCUGGUCCUCCAUCCAGGGCCAGUACCGCUUCUAUGUGGACAGGCAGCUGCUGGCUGCUGGCUCUGGCUUCCAGCAGGGCUAUGAAAUUCCUGCUGGUGGCUCACUGGUGUUAGGCUGGGAGCAGGAUCACUUUGGCACCACAGCUUUUGCGGGUCAUCUGGCUGGCUUUGGUCUCUGGAGCCGACCUCUCCUGCCCGGGGAGGUAGCCAGCAUGGCAACAGGCCAGGGGCUGUCCCGCAGCCCCCUCCUCAUGCUGGCCAAUGCCUCCCUGGAGGGUGAGGUGCAGAAGGUGGUGUGCCCCUGUCUCCAGCACUGCUUGUGAUGAGCCUUGCAGUGGAAAUGAUGCCAGCUCCCAGCAGGCAUGGCUGGCUCACAUGCUGGUGCUAGCAUAAGCUGUGUCUUCCUGGGGUGAUGGGCACCUGCCAGAGAGGGCAUAUCAGGACUGGGAUUGCAAGAGGUGGAGAAAAGAGGUUUUGGCAGCUGGUACAGCAGAGGACCUCAAUCCUGGAGUCUGUCCCAAAUCUGGGAGGCUAUCUCUGUCCCCAGAAGAUGUCCAGCCCCAUUGAUCCUAUUAAAAUGCUCCAGAGAGAGAAGAAAGUUAAUUUAUUUCAGGUCUUGGUUUUCACUUUAACACUUGGUGCCACUUGGAACACGGCAGGCACUGCUCAGCACAGGCAUCCGGAGCCACAGGCUGGAUCAUGUGCAGGUGACCCUUGCCUGUGCCCUGCCACUGCUGGCAGCCACCACUGAGUCAGACCCUCGGGGAAGCUGUAGCAUGGAAAUGCCUGCGACCAGGAGCGAGCCAGAGGUGCCAG